UCGCUGCCUGUAGAAGGAGCUCUUCUGUGUCUUACCUAACCUACAGCCAAACGUACACAAACAUGGCGAUAUCACGGGCGGUCGGGAUGCCUUCGUCUCUUCGGUGUGCGUUUUAUUUACUCGUCCUCGGCUUUCCUGGAAUAAAUUCGUCGACUCUUCGUCUGCACCCGGAGCAGCGCAACAUGCCGCCUCAAAACAGAGGCUUUUUCACUAUAGAAGCUAAUGAGGUUUCUCCAGACGGAGGUGGAGGAGGCGCCGCCGCCGCGGCUCCAGCGCUGCCCGUGGCCGACCGUAGUAACACUGAAGGCGGCUCGUACUCCGGUACAUACCCGCAGCAUCGAAGCCGCCGGAGCACCGGUGACUCUGCCGUGCUCAAGGUGUACGGACAGGCCAACCUGAACGACUCCCAUAACCAGAUGGUGGUCCACUGGGCUGGAGAGAAGAGCAAUGUCAUUGUAGCCUUGGCCCGAGACAGUGCUGCAGCCACGGGGCCAAAAACCAGCGCUGUCUAUGUCUCCUAUGAUUACGGCACCACAUUCCUGCUUAUCUCUGAAAAGUUCCAGCUGUCAGGAGCCAAGUUCAAGGAAGGCUCCAAACAGGUCAUCGCCCAGUUCUACCACAGCCCUGCAGACAACAGGAGGUACCUGUUUGUAGACUCCACCAACAACUACCUGUGGAACACCUUCGACUUCUGUAAGAGUGUCCAGGGUUUCUUGCUGCCCUUCAGACCAACAGACCUGCUGCUGCACAGCACAAGAUCCAACCUGGUACUGGGCUAUGACAGCUCUCAUACGAGCAAACAGCUGUGGAAAUCUGAUGACUUUGGGGAGACAUGGGUGUUGAUCCAAGAGCACGUGAAGACCUACUUUUGGGGUGUUGAACCGUAUGAUCCCCCCACGACAGUGCUGGUCCAGAGACACGAGCCCCAGGGAGUCUCCACCAUCCUCAGCAGCACAGACUUCUUCCAGAGUGAGCAGAACCGCAAAGUGAUCUUGGAGCAGGUGGACAGCUUCCAGCUGCGUGAGAAGUACAUGUUCGCCACCACCACCCGGAAACUGCUUGGCAGCCAUGAGUCGUCAUCUGUUCAGCUCUGGGUCUCCUACAACCGCCAGCCGAUGAAAGCUGCCCAGUUUAUGACCCGCCAUCCAAUCACAGAAUACUACAUAGCAGAUGCAUCUGAGGACCAGGUGUUUGUGUGUGUCAAUCACCUAAACAACGUCACACACCUCUACAUCUCAGACACACAAGGCCUUUCCUUCUCUCUGUCGCUGGAGAAUGUGCUCUAUUACAGUCCUGAAGGCUCUGGCAGCAACACACUCAUCAGGUACUUUGCAAAUGAGCCGUUUGCAGACCUGCAUCGCGUGGAGGGGCUUCGGGGCGUCUUCAUCGCCACGCUCAUCAACGGCUCGGUCAGCGAGAACAACAUGCGAUCCGUCAUCACCUUCGACAAGGGAGGGACCUGGGAGCUGCUGCAGCCGCCUGCUGCCGACAGCCUGGGAGGAACUGUGGACUGUCAGCUCAGUAAAGGUUGCUCUCUUCACCUGGCCCAGCGCUGGAGCCAGCUGUUCAACAUCCAGCUGAGGAGGAUGCCCAUUUUAUCCAAGGACUCUGCGCCCGGACUCAUCAUGGCCACAGGAUCUGUGGGCAAGAACUUGGCCAGCAAACCUAAUGUGUACGUAUCCAGCAGUGCUGGAGCCCGGUGGAGAGAGGCUCUGGCAGGCCCUCAUUUCUACACAUGGGGCGACCACGGUGGAAUUCUGAUGGCUAUCGCACAAGGAGGCGCCACUACACAUCUUAAGUUCAGCACCAACGAAGGUGAGACUUGGGCCGACUUUCAGUUCUCUGACAAGGAGGUGUACGUUUACCAGCUGCUGACGGAGCCCGGCGAGAAGAGCACCAUAUUCACAAUCUUCGGUUCCUACGCAAACCAGAGACACAGCUGGCUCAUCCUUCAGGUCAACACCUCCGACGUCCUGGGUGUGCCGUGUUCAGAGGCCGACUACAAGCACUGGUCUCCGUCAGACGAGCGGGGUAACGAGUGUCUGCUGGGCAGAGAGAUAACGUUUAAGAGACGAGCUCCUCACGCUACGUGUUUUAACGGAGAAGACUUUGACCGACCCGUCACCGUCUCCAACUGCUCGUGCAGACGCCAGGACUAUGAAUGUGACUACGGCUUCAAGCUGAGCGAGGACUUGUCUCUGCAGGUGUGUGUUCCUGACCCCGAGUUCUCAGGUGACCUCUACGCUCCUCCAGUUCCGUGUCCUGUCGGGACUACGUACCGGCGCAGCAAAGGUUACAGGAAGGUACCCGGGGACAGCUGCGGUGGAGGCGAUGUGGAGUCCAGGCUGGAUGGAGAGAUGCUUCCGUGUCCUGUCGGAGAGAGUAAUGAGUUCAUCCUGUAUGCGGUGAGGAACUCCAUCCACCGGUACGACCUGGCCACAGGCACAGACCAGGCCCUGCCACUGGUCGGCCUCAGGGAGGCUGUGGCUCUGGACUUUGAUUAUGACAAGAACUGCCUGUACUGGGCUGACAUCUCACUGGACACCAUACAGCGUCUCUGUCUGAAUGGCAGUACAGGUCAGGAGGUCGUAGUGAGGAAAGACCUGCAGAAUGUGGAGGCCCUGACCUUUGAUCCCGUCAGCCGACUGCUGUACUGGGUUGAUGCCGGAGCACGGAAGAUUGAGGUUUCCAACCCUGAUGGAGACUUACGCCACACUCUGCUCAACUCAUCCAUCCUGGAACAUCCUCGGGCUCUGGUUCUGCUUCCUGGAGAAAGUCUGAUGUUCUGGACUGACUGGGGAGACAGAGCGGCUGGAAUUUACCGGAGUUACAUGGAUGGAACCAACGUGUCUUGCAUUGUGUCAGAGGGCGUCCGCUGGCCCAACGGGAUCACAGCUGAUGACCACUGGCUCUAUUGGACGGAAGCUUACAGCGAUCGCAUCGAGAGAGCUGACUUCACCGGGGGCCAGAGGAGCGUCCUCAUGGAGGGGCUGCCCCACCCGUAUGCCAUUGCUGUCUUCAAGAAUGACCUGUACUGGGAUGACUGGUCCAGAAUGGGAAUCUUCAAAGCUCCAAAAGUCGGUUCCCAGAACAAUGAGCUGAUUGUUGGUAGAUUAACAGGAGUCAUGGACCUCAAGAUCUUCUAUAAGGGGAAGAAUCGCGGUCAUAACGCCUGUGCUGACCAGCCCUGCAGCCUCCUCUGUCUGCCUCAGCCUGGACACCGACACACCUGUGUCUGCCCAGAUGGUGCGCCAACUGUAACCAUGCCCAACGGCGAGCUGCAGUGCCAGUGUCCCACAGGUUACCAGCUGCAAAAUAACACCUGCGUAAAAACUGAGCACAGCUGUCUCCCCAACCAGUACCGCUGCUCCAAUGGCCGCUGCAUCAGCAGCAUCUGGAAGUGUGAUAGCGACAAUGACUGCGGAGACAUGAGCGACGAGCAGGAGUGUCCCACUACGACAUGUGACCCAUCCAAUCAGUUCCGCUGCGUGGCCUCAGGUUCCUGCAUCCCUUUGGCCUUCAAAUGUGACCAUGAAGACGACUGUGGGGACAACAGCGAUGAAGAGCACUGUGAGUCUCACCAGUGUGGCCCAGGGGAGUUCACAUGUGCACGGGGAGUUUGCAUCCGCGAGGCAUGGAGGUGUGAUGGAGACAAUGACUGCAGAGACUGGUCAGAUGAGGCCAACUGCACAGUGGGCCACCAUACAUGUGAGGCCAGUAGCUUCCAGUGUCACACCGGUCACUGUAUACCACAGCGCUGGAUGUGUGACGGUGAUGACGACUGCCAGGAUGAUUCUGAUGAAGACCCGAGAUAUUGUGGAACUCGGUGUAAAGGUUUUCUCUGCUCCAACGACACCUGCCUGCCAGCGACUGUCCACUGCAAUGGUAUCAAGGAGUGUCCAGAUGGCGCUGAUGAGCACAACUGUGACCCGCUGUGUACUCGCUACAUGGAGUUUGUGUGCAAGAACCGAGCCCAGUGUCUGUUUCAGUCUCUGGUUUGUGACGGGAUCAAACACUGUGAGGACGGAUCGGAUGAGGAUGCCGAGUACGCUGGAUGUGCCACACCGUCUGAAUUUGGAAAAGUGUGUGACGCCUACACCUUCCAGUGUGCCAACGGAGUGUGCGUGAGCCUGGAGUGGAAGUGCGACGGCAUGGACGACUGUGGGGAUUACUCUGAUGAGGCCAACUGUGCCGCUCCCACCGAGGUUCCUGGCUGCUCCAGGUAUUUCCAGUACGAGUGUAAAAACAGUCGCUGUAUUCCCACAUGGUGGAAGUGUGACGGGGAGAACGACUGUGGGGACUGGUCUGACGAGGCCCAGUGUACAGGUGGCGUUACUCCUCACACUGUGGCCCCUGGUCCUUCCACCUGUGCCCCCAACCGCUUCCACUGUGGCUCUGGAGCCUGUAUCAUCAAUACCUGGGUGUGUGACGGCUACACUGACUGUCCUGAUGGCAGCGAUGAGCUCGGAUGUCCCACAGUGGUGAAUGGAACUGUGACUUUGGCCCCAGUGCCCACACUGGCCCCUCCUGCCCCUGGACGCUGCAGCCGCGGUCAGUUCCUGUGUCGUCGACCCCCCCACUGCAUCCCUGACUGGCAGCGCUGCGACGGGCAGCUCCACUGCGAGGACGGCUCUGAUGAAGCACAGUGUCCCACACGUGGUCCUCUGUCUUGUGCCAACGGGUUCCGCUGUUCUGAUGGUGAAGCCUGCGUGCUGGACGGCGAGAGGUGCGACGGCUUCUUGGACUGUACCGACCACAGCGACGAGGACAACUGCACCUUGGACACCCUGGUGUAUAAAGUCCAGAACCUCCAGUGGACACCAGACGUUGAAGGUGCCAUCACUCUGACCUGGUCUCGUCCCAAGAACCUUCCCCUGGAUUCCUGUUACUUCCUCAUCUACUACAGAGUGGUGGGCGUGCAGCAGUGGACCAUCAUGGACACUCACAGCAACAAGACCAGCUACAAACUGACCGUGCUGAAGCCGGACACCACAUAUCACGUGAAGGUGCUCACUCAGUGUCUCAGCAAACUGCACAAGACCAACGAGGUGAUCACAGUCAGGACGCCAGAGGGAGUGCCUGACCCUCCUCAGAACCUGCAGCUGUUAUGUGACAAUGGUGAGGAUGGGACAGUGCAGGUCUCCUGGAGUCCUCCUGAUAAAGGACACGGCCUCAUCAGGGAAUACAUUGUUGAGUACAAUGAGCGUGGAGGUCUUGAAUGGACGUCACAGAGAUGCACAACAACCAGUACUGAGGUGAAGGAGCUGCAGCCGGACACACUGUACAGGUUCAGGGUGGCAGCAGUGACCAGUCGAGGCAUGGGAAACUGGACGGAGGUUAAAUCCAUCACUCCUAAGAAAGCGCUGCCUCCUCCCUCUGUGAUCGCCGACAGCAUCACCACCGACUCCAUGAGUCUUUCGUUCAGCCUCAACUCGCAGUACAAUGUGAAACAGUACGUCGUGAUUCUCUCAUGGCAGUUUGACAAACACGUCAAAGAGAGCAAGAACUACACCGUAAGAGAGGGGAUCCUCAAAGCUACAAACCUGACAGCAGGGACGGUGUAUGAGGUGGCAGUAUGGGCUCACACCAGCAUCGGGGACAGUCCCACCGCACUGUCUCAUCAUCAGACCGCCGGCACCCAGCCAGAGAGACCCCUCCUCAAAGCCAGGGCUCUCAACCAGACAGCUGUGGACUGCAGCUGGACCAUCAGUGGACCUCCUGCACAGAUGUACGGUGUGUUUUAUGCCACCUCUUUCCUGGAUCUGUACCGGAGUCCUCGUCUGGUCCGCACCACGUCUCUCAGCCUCACAGUUACAGUGAACAGUGAUGAACAGUAUCUGUUCCUGGUGCGUGCCGUUUCCCCCUGCCUUGGUCCUCCCUCUGACUACGCUGUUGUGAAAAUGAUUCCCAACGAGAGGCUGCCACCCAGGAACCUCCAUCGUGUGCGAGUAGACAAAACCCAGGCCAUGCUGAAGUGGCAGCCGCCCUACGAUGCCCCGAAUACAUUUCUGACAUAUGCAGUUCACGUGAGGGACGUCAUCCGUAAAAUGGAGCGAGACUAUAAACUGACCACGAAGAACAACACAGUGGAGUACCUGCUGAAAGGCCUGGAGCCCGGAGGACGAUACAGCAUCUCUGUCCGUCUGCUCAACAUGAGCAAAGAGGCCAGCUUCACUCUGAGCACAGUUCCUCUUCCAGCUCCUGAAGCCUUAAAGAUUUUGACAGAGAAAGACCACGUAUUCCUUUUCUGGAAGAGUCUGGCUGUCAGAGAGAAGGACUUCAAUGAGACCAGGGGUUAUGAAGUGCAUGUGUACGACAGUGCGACCAACCAGACGUCCUACCUGGGAAAUACCACGGAAACAUUCUUCCGCAUCAGCAACCUGCUGAUGGGACACAACUACACGAUCUCGGUGCAGGCUCGCUGCCUGCUGAGUGGUCAGCUGUGUGGGGAACCCGCUCUGCUGCUCUACAAUGACGUGACCGCCGGAGCCGCUGAUGCCGCCCGCAGCGAGGGCCACUCGGGGGACACGGCAGCAGUCGUGGUCCCCGUCCUCUUCCUGCUGCUGCUCGGUGUGUGUGGCAGCCUGGUGGCGCUGUACCUGCGACACCGCCGACUGCAGAACAAUUUCACAGCCUUUGCCAACUCCCACUACAACUCUCGCUUGGGCUCCGCCAUCUUCUCCUCUGGGGAUGAACUCGGUGAUGAUGAUGAAGACGCUCCUAUGAUCAGUGGCUUUUCAGACGAUGUUCCCAUGGUCAUCGCGUAGCAACACAUCCCUCCACUGCCUGUUAAUCUCCUCUUCCGUCUCCCUCCCUCUUCUUCUGCCC